AUGGAGAAGUACGAGCUCGUCAAGGACAUCGGCUCGGGCAACUUCGGGGUCGCGCGGCUGAUGCGGAACAGGGAGACCAAGGAGCUCCUCGCCGUGAAGUACAUCCCGCGCGGGCAGAAGAUUGACGAGAAUGUGGCGAGGGAGAUUAUAAACCACCGCUCGCUACGGCACCCUAACAUAAUCCGGUUCAAGGAGGUUCUGCUCACUCCUACUCACCUUGCCAUCGUCAUGGAGUACGCGGCCGGCGGGGAGCUUUUCGAUCGGAUCUGCAGCGCCGGCAGAUUCAGCGAGGAUGAGGCGAGGUAUUUCUUCCAGCAGCUAAUUUGCGGUGUUAGCUACUGCCACUUCAUGCAAAUUUGCCACCGGGACUUGAAAUUAGAGAACACGCUGCUGGAUGGCAAUCCAGCUCCGCGCCUCAAGAUCUGCGACUUUGGAUACUCCAAGUCAUCGCUGCUGCACUCGAAGCCCAAGUCCACGGUUGGGACUCCGGCAUACAUUGCUCCGGAGGUGCUCUCUCGUCGGGAAUACGACGGCAAGAUGGCAGAUGUGUGGUCUUGUGGAGUGACCCUAUAUGUGAUGCUUGUUGGUGGAUACCCUUUUGAAGACCCUGAUGAUCCCAAGAAUUUCCGAAAGACGAUUGGGAGAAUUGUGUCAAUUCAAUACAAAAUACCAGAGUAUGUCCACAUAUCACAAGAUUGUAGGCAACUCCUCUCUAAGAUCUUUGUCGCGAAUCCUGCGAAGAGAAUAACAAUCAGGGAGAUCAGAAACCACCCUUGGUUUCUGAAGAACUUGCCUAGAGAGCUAACAGAAACGGUACAAGAAAAGUACUACAAGAAGGACAACAGUGCCCCGACCUUCUCAGAUCAAACCGUUGAAGAAAUCAUGAAGAUCGUUGAGGAUGCACGGGCGCCACCUCCAUCAUCUACUCCAGUGACUGGUUUCGGGUGGGCAGAGGAAGAAGAUCAAGAAGAUGGCAAGAGACCAGACGAGGAAGAAAAGAACGAUGAAGAUGAGGAAUAUGAUGUCGAGGACGAGUAUGAAAAGCAUGUGGAGCAAGUUCGUGCGAGCGGGGAGUUUCAGAUCCCCUGA